GCUCCCCCCUUUCCCCGCCCCCUCCCCCGACCCUUUCCCCUCCCUGGGCCACCCAGCCCGUCGGGCUCCCGAGCAGCGCCAGGUUUCCUCCUGUUUCAUAGCCAACCGGAACAAUGUUCUACGCACAUUUUGUCCUCAGUAAAAGAGGGCCCCUGGCCAAAAUCUGGCUGGCGGCCCAUUGGGAUAAGAAGCUAACCAAAGCCCACGUGUUUGAAUGUAACCUGGAGAGCAGCGUGGAGAGCAUCAUCUCGCCAAAGGUGAAGAUGGCACUGCGAACGUCAGGACAUCUCUUACUGGGAGUAGUGCGAAUCUAUCACAGGAAAGCCAAAUACCUUCUUGCAGACUGUAAUGAAGCAUUCAUUAAGAUAAAGAUGGCCUUUCGGCCAGGUGUUGUGGACCUGCCUGAGGAAAACCGAGAAGCAGCCUAUAAUGCCAUCACGCUACCUGAAGAGUUCCAUGACUUUGAUCAACCAUUGCCGGACUUGGAUGACAUUGACGUAGCCCAGCAGUUCAGCCUGAACCAGAGCAGAGUGGAGGAGAUCACCAUGAGGGAAGAAGUUGGGAACAUCAGCAUCCUCCAGGAAAACGACUUCGGUGACUUUGGAAUGGAUGAUCGGGAGAUAAUGCGAGAAGGCAGUGCUUUUGAGGACGACGACAUGUUGGUCAGCACUAGCGCUUCCAACCUCCUCCUGGAGCCUGAGCAGAGCACCAGCAAUCUGAACGAGAAAAUCAACCACUUAGAAUAUGAAGACCAGUAUAAGGAUGACAACUUUGGCGAGGGAAAUGAUGGCGGGAUAUUAGAUGACAAGCUCAUUAGUAAUAACGACGGUGGCAUCUUUGAUGACCCGCCUGCCCUCUCUGAGGCAGGUGUGAUGUUGCCGGAGCAGCCUGCGCAUGAUGAUAUGGAUGAGGACGACAACGUGUCAAUGGGUGGGCCUGAUAGUCCUGAUUCCGUGGACCCUGUUGAGCCAAUGCCAACUAUGACUGACCAGACAACACUUGUUCCAAACGAGGAAGAAGCCUUCGCCUUGGAGCCCAUUGAUAUAACUGUCAAAGAAACAAAAGCCAAGAGGAAGAGGAAACUAAUUGUGGACAGUGUCAAAGAGUUGGACAGCAAGACUAUUAGAGCCCAGCUUAGUGAUUAUUCUGAUAUUGUUACAACUCUGGAUCUGGCUCCACCCACCAAGAAGCUGAUGAUGUGGAAGGAGACGGGAGGAGUAGAAAAGCUGUUCUCUUUACCUGCUCAGCCUCUGUGGAAUAACAGACUACUGAAGCUCUUUACACGCUGUCUUACACCACUUGUACCUGAAGACCUUAGGAAAAGGAGGAAAGGAGGCGAGGCGGACAAUCUGGAUGAAUUCCUCAAAGAAUUUGAGAAUCCAGAGGUUCCUAGAGAGGACCAGCCACAGCAGCACCAGCAGCGUGACGUUAUCGAUGAGCCCAUUUUGGAGGAGCCAAGCCGCCUCCAGGAGUCCGUGAUGGAGACCAGCAGGUCCAAUGUGGAGGAGUCGGCCAUGCCCCCACCACCGCCACAGGGAGUCAAGCGCAAGGCUGGACAGAUCGAUCCGGAGCCUGCGAUCCCUCCUCAGCAAGUGGAACAGAUGGAGAUGCCACCCGUUGAGCUUCCGCCGGAAGAGCCCCCGAAUAUCUGUCAGCUGAUACCAGAGUUAGAGCUAUUGCCCGAAAAGGAGAAGGAGAAAGAAAAGGAAAAGGAGGAGGAUGAAGAGGAAGAGGAAGAAGAUGCGUCGGGUGGUGAUCAGGAUCAAGAAGAAAGGAGGUGGAACAAAAGGACCCAGCAGAUGCUUCAUGGCCUUCAGCGAGCUCUUGCCAAAACGGGAGCUGAAUCUAUCAGUUUGCUUGAGUUAUGUCGAAACACAAACAGAAAGCAGGCUGCGGCGAAGUUCUACAGCUUUUUGGUCCUUAAAAAGCAGCAGGCUAUCGAGCUGACGCAAGAGGAGCCCUAUAGCGACAUCAUCGCGACCCCCGGGCCAAGGUUCCACAUCAUCUAGGAGCUGGCAGCGUCAUAACUAGUGUUCAGCUCCAGACCUGCAGAUCGUCCGUGGGCAGGCCCGCAAAACCCUUUGAGGAAAUUUAGAUUUUUGUCUGUACAAAAUCUCUGCCUUUUCUUUCAUUUUUAAAAGUGUUUUUAAUUCAUGGAUUUCAUCUUUAAGGGAAAUUGCUUAUAUGGGUUGUGUUUGUGUCAGUGGAGAAAACAGCAUCCCAAGGACCCAGAAGAUGAUUUUAACAGUUCAGAACAGAUGUGUGCAAUAUUGGUGCAUGUAAUAAUGUGGAGUAACUGUCGAAAGGCAUGAUUUUUAGUUCUCUGUUAACUGUGUCAAAAGGAAAACCUGUCUAGGAAAAAUGCCUGGCAGUUUGAUUAAGAACUAUGUUAUGUGUUUGACAGGAAAAAGUAUCCUCCAUCAGUAAAACCAGCAGCCUGGCGACCUCUGUACGUAGAGAUGGUACCUGAAACUAGAGGAUCGCCACCUCGAGGUGUUUUUAAGGUGUGAUUCGUAAUGAGCGGGAGAGUCUGAGUUCGUACUGUGACUGAUCCCCUUCAGCCGCCAAAGAUAGGCCUGGCAUGGCGGGAAACAUGCUGGCUCAAGUCAGUCGUUCUGUGGCGUCUUUGUGGUGGAUGAAUUCUGCUGUCCUGAACUCUGUCGUCCCAGUGCAGCUCCAAAAUGACCAGAAACAGACUUGUUAAAGAGAGGUAACUUAAAAACACUUAGAACUUUCCAGGAACUACAAGUUAGGGUUGAAUAUUCAGAUCAUGAAGAUGGGAAUUCUGCCGACUGGAAGGAAGGGCAGACGGUGGGUCAUCCGGUGGGUCAUCCGGUGGGCUUAACCUUUAAGCAGACCGUGCUGUAAAUCUAACGGCUUCUCUGGUAUUUAUUGUAAGCGUCAGGGCUGAUCUACUUUCCAGUGCUGCACACUGCGCACUCCUGUGUUUGGAACUUCAUUUUAAUAGCUUUUCAACCUAAAUCCUAUAUCUGGUUUCCUGUAAUUUAAAUGAAGAAAAACACAUCCAAAUAAAGGCUUUAUUAUUUUAACAGACCAGAUAGCACCAGAAAUUAUGUGACUAUUGAUGAUUAUCAUAACUUCUUAACUUUUUAGGGCAACGUUACACUGAAAGUUCUGUCUUUAGUGUUGGCACUUUUGUGGGGAAAAAAAUCACUUUUGAAACUCAGACUUCAGUGUAUACCCAGUAAUUUAAAAUUAUGUGAAAUGCUUUAAAUUUGAGAACUCAUAAUUACUGUUUUAACAAUUCAGUGUUUGAGGCUGGUAAUUGUAUGAAAUUGCUCUUGCAGUUUUAUUUUCAAUAUUAUGUGCCUGUAAACCAUGGUCCUCCCCCUUUGUAAAAAGACAUUGUAGAUAAUUGAAUGUUUGAUUACUGAAAGGUCAUUAGUUUCUCGUUACACAUUUUGUUAGUCUGGUUUUUGUUGCUUAUCGGGUUUAAUAUUGUUCUUGGAAAUAGUUGAUGCUAUGUUAUGUAUAACUUUUCUAAUAAAAGUUGUGUUAUAAGCUGUUAA